AUGUCUGCCCGCAUGUUUUAUGCCAAGAAGCAGAAUACUGUUGUGCCCACCCACCCUGCCAUCAGUGAUGAUGAUGAGGAGGAUGAUGAUGAUGUGGCAGACCCUGAUUUUGUCCCACCCACCCACAACCAGGACAUUCCAUGUAGUGAUACUGACCCCUCUGCCAGGAGGAAAUGGAUCCAGCCUGUGGUGGAAGUGCUCCAAGAAAAUGACAGUGAGGACAGUGAGUACAGUGAGGAUGACAACGAUGAUGAUGAUGACGAUGAUGAUGAUAAUGUGCAGCCAGCAGUACAAGCCCAGAGGCCAAGGCCUGGCAAGUCGGCACCCAGGCCAACCACUUGGCAUAAAGUUGACCUGAACAACACAGCCCUUCCUGAAUACCAGCACGCUGCCCCAGACUACAUUGACAUGCCUUUUCAGUACUUUAUUAGGUACUUUGAUGCCCAAAUAAUCAGUCACAUAACAUAUCAGACAAACUUGUAUGCUGCUCAAAAGGACAUCAACACCACUUUCUCCACCAAUGAGAAUGAAAUAAUGACCUUUCUGGCCAUCCUCAUCUAUAUGGGUGUUGUUCAGCUCCCCUCUGUUGAAGAUUACUGGGCCAUGGAAACCAGGGUCCCUCAAGUUGCCGACCUGAUGUCAUCAAAGAGGUUCAGGCUGCUGAAAAGGGUUAUCCACUUCAAUGACAACACUCAGAUCCCUGGCACCAGCGACCGUUUCUUCAAAGUCCGGCCCCUGUUCAGCUAUCUCAAUAAUGCCUUCAGGCGUGAGCCACAGACCCCCAAACAGUCUGUAGAUGAGGUUAUGGUUGCCUACAAAGGGAAGACAGCUGGCAACCUAAGGCAAUAUAUCAAAAGCAAGCCAGACAAGUGGGGUUUUAAGUUGUUCGCGAGGGCUUCUGAGGACGGCUUCAUCCAUGACAUGGUGCUCUACCAGGGCAAAACUACCCUGGAGGCCCAUGAUGUACCCCAGACGCCUGAACAAAAAGUGCUGGGUGCCACCAGUCAGAUUGUUGCUGUCCUGGCAAGUACCAUGUCCUCCCCCACCACCACAGCCAUCUUUGCUGACAACUUUUUUACCAGCAUGGAGCUAGUGCGGUACCUCAGAGAUCAGAAUUGCAGGUACACAGGGACAGCAAGGGACAAUAGAAUAAAAAAUCCUCCACUCAAGUCCAUCAAGGAGAUGGAGAAGAAGGCUGUACCCCGUGGCACUUAUGACUAUGCUACCAGUGAUGAUGGGAUACUGGCCGUCAGAUGGAAGGACAACAGAACGGUCACUCUGCUGUCAACAGACAUGGGGGUGGAGCCGAUGUCCUCAGUCAUUAGGUACUGCAGUGAGACCAAGAUGAAGGAGCCUGUGAGCUGUCCAGCCGUCAUCAAGAGCUAUAACGCCAACAUGGGGGGCAUUGAUAAAAGUGACAUGUUGGUACACCUCUACCGCACCCCCAUGAAGUCCAAGAGGUGGUACUUGCGUCUGUUCGCAUAUGCCGUGGAUGUCAGUAUCACAAAUGCCUGGGUUGUGUACAGACGGGAUAGUAUGGCCCUUGGAGUGAAAGACCAGUCUCUGAAAGAUUUCAGAAUCCAGGUGUUCAGGGGUGCCAGCGGCCAGACAUCUGCCAAAUCAAGCUCCAGAAGAAGCUCAUCCUCAUCUGUUGAAAGCCUGAGCAUGUAUGUCGCUGUACCUGAGCCUGUGCGGGGACACCGCAGCCACACACCAAAUGAGGCUGUGCGCUUUGACCUGUCCCUCUUCCAUGCCCCUGUACAUGACAAACGCCAGACCUGCAAGUACUGCAGCCGGAAAGGCAACAUUGUGAGGUCAAAUGUGGUAUGCAGGGUCUGCAAGGUCCACCUUUGCAUGAACAGUGAGCGCAACUGCUUCAUUAGAUACCAUGAAUAA